AUGUCUAGACACGAUCAGCUGGUCUUCUGCUUGUGUGAAUUAACCAGGCUGCUAUGGAAGCUGCUGCUGCCCCUGGUCGCCCUCUGCGCCCUGCUGGUCACCGUUCUGGUGCUGCUGCUGGUGGGGGUGCGCGUCUGGCUUCAGACGAACAGGAGCGCGCAGCGCGCACAAAGCGGCCGGCCGACCGUGGCCUUCUUCCACCCGUACUGCAAUGCCGGCGGCGGAGGAGAGAGGGUGCUGUGGUGUGCCAUCAGGGCGCUGCAGAACAGAUACGCUGACAUCAACUUUGUGGUGUACACGGGGGAUCAAGGGGUGACGGGCCAACAGAUUAUGGAUGGGGCCCGGCGACGCUUCAACAUAGUCCUUCCCCGACCAGUCCAGUUUGUGUUCCUGAGACACCGACUGCUGGUGGAGCCUGGCUUGUUCCCUCACUUCACCCUGCUGGGCCAGAGCAUCGGCUCCGUCUUCCUGGGGUGGGAGGCGCUGACUGAAUUUGUUCCGGACAUCUAUAUUGACUCCAUGGGCUACGCCUUCACUCUGCCCCUCUUCCGCUACAUGGGGGGCUGCAGCGUGGGGAGUUAUGUUCACUAUCCCACCGUCAGCACAGACAUGCUAUCUGUGGUGAGGGAGAGAAACCCAAGGUUCAACAAUUCAGACUACAUUUCCAACAACUUGUUCCUAAGUGCUUUCAAGGUAGUCUACUACUGCCUGUUUGCCCUGCUGUAUGGAAUGGCUGGAUCCUGCAGUGACCUUGUAAUGGUCAACUCCUCUUGGACCUUCAAUCACAUCCUGGCACUGUGGCGCGCUCCGAACCGCACCAGCGUGGUUUACCCACCCUGCGAUGUCGCUGCAUUUCAGGACAUCCCGCUGAACGAGGACGGAGACAGGAAGUGCCAUACCAUCGUUUCCAUUGGCCAGUUUAAGCCUGAAAAAGACCACCGCUUGCAGAUAAGGGCUUUCAAGAAGCUGAUUGACAAGAGACGGGAGAAGCCAGGUGGUAGGGAGGCGCUGAGACUUGUUCUUAUUGGUGGCUGCAGGAACCAGGAGGAUGAGGAUAGGGUGCUGAUGCUGAGGGGACUGUGCCAGGAGCUGGGCGUGGCUGACAGGGUGGAGUUCAAACUGAAUGUAAGCUUUGAUGAGCUGAAGAGAGAGCUUGGGUCAGCCACCAUCGGCCUGCAUACCAUGUGGAAUGAACACUUUGGGAUAGGUGUGGUGGAAUGCAUGGCUGCUGGGACGGUUACCCUGGCCCACAAGUCCGGUGGACCCAAGCUCGACAUCGUGGUGCCCUUUGAGGGAGGCCAAACGGGCUUCCUGACCGAUGACGAGGAUGGGUAUGCGGAGACCAUGAACAGGAUCCUGGGUCUGCCGCCUGCUGACAGGCUGCAAAUCAGACAGAACGCCCGCCAGUCGGUCGCUCGCUUCUCAAGCCAGGAGUUCGAGGCCUGCUUCCUGGCUGCCAUGGAGCCACUAAUGGGAACCCUUGAACGAUGAGAAGGGGACUGCAUCGUGUGUGUGUGUGCAUGUGUACGUGCGUGCAUGUAUGAUCUUGUAUGCAAUGAAAGCUGAUGGUGUAUGUGACUGUCUGACAUCUGAAGCCGCUAUGCUACCAGAUGCACCUAAAAAGAGAAUAUUAGCUGUGUUUAUGCUGUAAGUCCAGAGGCAAAAUCUAUCAGGUCAUUGCUGAGAAUUUGACAGGUUUUUGCACACCAGGCCAUCUACAGUCAUUUCAGUGUUCAGUAAGAAGCGUGUUUAAAUAGUUGACGUGAUUGUUGAUGCCACAUUUAAAGGGGGGGGGGGCCUUUUUGUGUUUUUGAGGUUUUCA